ACUUAACAAGUUUACAAUUUCCGGUAAACGGAUUUCUAUUAAUUUAUAUGGUUCAUUAACACUAAGAAUUACGAACAUUAAAGUAUCAUGAUGAAAUCUGAAAUAGAAAUGUUUACUUCCAAUUCAAGAAUACGUACACUUUAUAAGCAUGCAUACCUGGAAACAAUAAAACAGCAUUAGUCAUUCUACCACGAAGUGUAUUCCGUACCUACUCAUUAAUGUGUAGUUAGCGUGCAUUGAACGUCCGACAGUAUAAAAGGAAGAUUUCAGUCUGACCUCAUUUAAUCACAUUUACUUGCAAUACUUUAUAGACAUACGAUUAACGUUCAUACAAAUAUUUUUUAUUUCGAUCCAAAAUACUUAUAGCGAGACAAAAAAAUAUGGCGUUCAAAGGCAUUUUUAUUGUUGCUCUAGUGGCUUGUUGUGUACAAAUAGCCGUGGCGUUUCCUAAAAACAACUUUAUUGUAAACACGGAAGAAAUUGUGAAAGUAACAGAUCGGACGGAAGAAAAAUUGAGGACAGAACAGAUUACAGAACAUGGUGCAGAGUCACCAGAACCAGUUUCAGUGCAUCACCCUUAUCAAGUAGUCCAUUGCGAGUUCGAGGAAGUCACUGAGGAUAUUGUCUGCCGAGAGCCUUGCUUGCGCAAAGGAUAUUCUUACGGUCUUUGUGUAGGUCGUAGGUGCAGUUGCGUGUAAAUAUGAAAGAAAACAACAAACAUCGUGAAUGUAAAUCGGAAACAAUUUAGUUAAUAUCCAAAGCCAACGAGUUCUUCUAAUUUUGUUGAAUUUGACUUGUUAAAGUGUUUA